AGUCUGUUCUAAAAUGAUAGAGCUCUCAAGCCCCUUAUCCAACCAUCUUCCACACAUUCAAAUCCCAAUAUACCUCUUCAGCUUUCUCUUCCCAGUCAUCUGCAGAUGACAUAAUCACAACCUCCAAGCUUGGAAUUCUGAUCACUAUUCAUCAAUGGCUACCACUUCGCUAUUACCCAAAUCCAUUCCACCAAUUUUCACAAACCCCACUUCAAUUUCCUCCACUCGAUUCGGUACUCUUCCUUUUCUAAGCAAUCCAGCAGAUCGUCAACCACAUUGUCCAGUACGAACAGCAACUAUUCGAGCAAAUGCGAAAAAGAAAAACGAGUGGCUGGACCCAUUCGAUACAGGUGAGGACCCGGACAUGGAGUAUGGAUCGCAGUAUUCUGAGGGUAAGCAAUCCGAGGACCCAAGACCACCCGAGAAUCCAGACAACCCGUAUGGGUUUCUCAAGUUUCCACCAGGGUUCAUGCCAGAAGUUAUGUCGUUAGGGUUGAAAAUAAGGGGUGAUGUUAGGAGAUGCUGUGUUGUGAUUUCUGGUGGGGUUUAUGAAAACCUGUUGUUUUUCCCAACCAUCCAACUGAUUAAGGAUCGAUACCCUGGUGUUCAGGUGGAUGUCCUGAGCUCGGCCAGAGGGAAACAAGCUUUUGAGCUGAACAAAAAUGUGAGAUGGGCGGAUGUUUUUGAUCCAGAAGAUGAUUUCCCUGAGCCUGCAGAAUACCUUGAUUUACUCGGACUACUCAAGAAUAGGUACUAUGAUAUGAUGCUUUCAACGAAACUAGCAGGUUUAGGACAUGCGUCGUUUCUGUUCAUGUCAGCAGCUACGGAGCGGGUGAGUUACAUAUAUCCAAAUGUGAAUUCCGCAGGAGCUGGAUUACUUCUAUCCCAAACAUUCACACCGGAUCACUUGAAUCUCUCCGAGGCUGGAUAUAACAUGUACCAUCAGAUGACUGAUUGGUUAGCGAGGCCAGGGAGGAGUGUACCAAGGCAAAUAAUUCCACCACUUAAAGUAUCCAUUUCCAGAAAGCUGAAGGACGUAGUGGCUGACAAAUACAAUAAAAUUGGUGUUGAGAAAGGGAAAUAUAUUGUCAUACACGGGAUACAAUCCGAUUCAAAAGCCUCUAUGCAAUCGAGGGGGGAUGCCGAUAGCUUACUACCCUUAAAUAUAUGGGCCCAGAUAACAAAUUCAAUCAGGGGAGUCAAACCGGUCUAUGUCAUCCCUCAUGAGAAAGAAAGAGAGAAUGUGGAGGAAAUUGUAGGAGAUGAUGCCAAUAUAAUAUUCAUCACCACACCAGGACAGUUGGCUGCUUUUAUUAAUGACUCUGCUGGGGUUAUAUCUACAAACACAGCAGCAAUACAACUAGCAGUCGCACGUGAAAAACCCUGUGUGGCAUUGUUUGGGUCUGAAGAGAAAGCAAAACUGUUUCUUCCAAACAUAAAAGACAAUAAAUGCAUUGUAGCUUCAUCAAAGACGGGGAAGUUGGUAGAUAUUGACACUAAUGCUGUCAAAAAUGCAGCCCAGAUAUUUGAGAUGCCACUCGCUAUUGCCUAGAAUCAACAGCAUACUUUUUCUUUUGUUUAAAUACUUCUGUCAUUUAACUGUAUAUUUGAUAUCAAAAUUUGUUGCUACAAUUGCAUAUAUAGCAUCUGUUUUCUCAUAUGUGUAGUGACUAAAUUUACAUGUUCAUUCUUAGUUUUUAUGAGAGGGGCAGAUGCAAAAGAAUAGAACACAUACUUUGAUUUGUUUGUUUAAUAUAGGGUCAAAUGCAAAAAAUGACAAUGUACCUUUCAUUCAUUUGUGUAUUAUGUAUCCUAUUUUCAUUUCUUCUUA